GAGCCAGUGGUUCACCCACCAUUGCACCAUAAAAGUCAGAAUCUGAUUUGAGAAGGCGCACACCAAAGAAUCUUCCCAACUUUCCCUUCAUUUCUUGUGUAUCCAUCUUAUCUUUAACUAUGUUUCCCACAAAAACACACCUUAUAUAUCAUUGCAACAUAUAUGUAUCUAUAUAUAUUUGUACAGCAGACUAGUCUUAAAAUUUUCUUUAGUCCUAAUAAAUCUUUCUCCACCCCUCCAAAACCCCCAAAAGGCUCAAAUCCCAAAAUAACUACCACCACACCAUACCAUGUUUCUAUUUUUCUUUUAUGACUCUUUUACCCCCCUCUUCUUCUUCUUCUCCCUCCUCUUCCUCCUUUCCCUCCCUCCUGGUUUUCCCGCCAGACCAAUACCAGACCCUGUAACCGAAAUAACCGCCACCCAAUACGACACGUGGCUCAACUUUACCCGAUUUGUCGACGCCAGCAAGGGCUGCCACGUCACCGGCAUGUCGGAGCUGAAGAAGUACUUCCAGCGGUUUGGGUACCUCGACCCGAUCCCCGAAACAAACUUCACCGAUUCCUUCGAUGAUCGCUUCGAAAACGCCGUCCUUUCGUACCAGAAGAACCUCGGACUCGCCGUCACGGGAAAACUCGACUCCGACACCGUGACCCAGAUCAUCUCCCCUCGGUGCGGCAUCUCCGACGACAAGUCGCGGGCGCUGCACGUGACACGUCACUACGCGUACUUCGAAGGCAAACCGAGGUGGGUCCGACCGUCUACUCCGAUGAACUUAUCGUACGCCUUCUCGCCGGACUACACAAUCGAUUAUUUAUCUCAAUCCGAUAUAGAUUCGGUUUUUCAGAGGGCGUUUUCGCGGUGGUCCGCGGUGAUUCCGGUGAACUUCACCCCGGCGGAGGAUUAUUGGACGGCGGAUAUUAAAAUUGGGUUUUAUCACGGCGAUCACGGCGACGGAGAGCCGUUCGAUGGGGUGUUGGGAAUCCUGGCCCACGCUUUCUCGCCGGAAAACGGGAGGUUCCACCUGGACGCGGCGGAGACGUGGGCCGUUGAUUUUGGGUCGCAAAAAUCAAAGGUGGCCGUUGAUUUGGAAUCGGUGGCGACCCAUGAGAUCGGGCAUGUACUCGGGUUAGCCCACACGCCUGUUAAAGAAGCGGUUAUGUACCCGAGUUUGAGUCCGAGGACGAAGAAGGUGGACCUUAAGCUGGAUGAUGUGGAAGGGGUCCAGGCUUUGUACGGGUCAAACCCAAAUUUCAAGUUUAGCUCUUUGUUGGAGUCAGACACGUCUUCAAGUUGGGCCGUCAGAGUGGAAACAAUCUCGUAUAUGUGGGCCAUAUAUUGGGUCAUGAUAGUUUUGGCAUUGACCAUGUGUGCGUGAUUCAUACAUUUUUUCCUUCUUUUUUUAAAUCUUUUUUUGUUUUAAUUUUUGUUCACAUACAUUGUAUACAUUUACACUCAAAAGGAAGUAAAGAAAUUCUUUUCAACUUGCAAUGCCAUUAAACAAUUGUUCAUA